CCAAUUUCAAUGUCACAAACGAAACGUAUCUUGUGUAACCUAAAAAAUUUUACUCUGUAAGGUCAAGAAUAAUUUGAUGAAAUUAUCAUAUUAUGUUAUCAUAUAUCAGUUAGAGGCUAUCUCGUUGAAUUACUUAAUAUACAGUGGUGAUAUACGCAGUGAUUCAGCGCUUCCAAGCACUCCUGUGGUUUAGAAAAUAAGCAAAAAUGUUACGGAAUUUAUUGAAAAGUGUAACAACACGAAAUCUACGUUGUUCUAUUAAGAAUAACGGUGUAACAACGAAUUUCGUCAAUCAGAGGAGCAUAGCGCCAUUAUCUACAACAGAAUUAGCUUUAAAAGAGGAGAAAGUAAAAGUCACAUUCGUCCUGUACGACGGGAAGAAACUAGAAACGGAAGCUAAGGUGGGCGACACACUGCUGGACGUGGUCGUCAACAACGACCUGAACAUCGAGGGCUACGGCGCGUGUGAAGGCACCCUCACCUGCUCCACUUGCCACGUUGUAUUAAAAAAGCAGGAUUAUGAUAGGUUACCAGAAGAAGCGUGUGACGAGGAGAGAGACAUGUUGGACCUGGCCUACGGGCUGACAGACACAUCCAGGCUCGGAUGCCAGAUCACGCUGACCAAAGACAUGGACGGGCUAGAGGUCAAGGUUCCAGAGACAAUCAACGAUGCUAGAAGUUGAUGACAGCUGUCAAAUCUGUCAAAUGUCAAAAUAGUCUAUGGAUUGGGAGUUUAGCGGUUUUUUCUUUUUGUAUAAAAAUUGGGAUUUUCGUUUUGUAGGAGUUUAGGCGUGUUCCUAAUUAAAAAUUUUAAGUUUUCUGUUAGCUUAAUUAGGGUUUUUUAAAGUAUGAUACGCGAACCCCUAUGGGUUUGCCAUUUCAAGCCAGUUUCAAGCCAUGCUAGAGGCUCAUAUUCAUGAGCAGCAUUCCGCGACACACGACGCGGUGACUGUCGCGCUGAUACAGUAGCCAGCCGACAUGAAUAUGAGCCUCUAGCAUGGCUUGAAACUAGUCGAGUUCCUCGUUAAACGGUUACGUGAGUAAGCCGAUAACAUAAUAAUUAAUUUAGUAUGUCUCACGAAAGUAGUAAUAAAAUUACAGGGAAAGAUCGCUAAAAUCCUAGACUUCCAAUAAGGGCUAACGUUUUAUUUGCACACCAGAUGGCGUCUAUGUAGCAUGAGAUCUAUUUGUCCAAUAGAGAAACUAGCUAGUGUCAAAUUAUUGGCACAUUAAAAUGUCUGUCGCAAUUGUGCCCAGUAGAUGGCAAUAGGCUCACCCCCUAUUGCAUGGGACUUAUAACAGAAAUGGUGAAAAGUGGGUGUACAUUGUAUAGCGGCAUUACGUGGUAACGUUUGAUCUUAGACUGCACUGUUGGUGCGUUGCCUGGGCAAACGGCUGCCGCGCAACGUGUAGCGGAUUAGAUUCCCGCAUUUCAACUCUUUGUGUGAUCCACAAAUUGUUGUUUCGGGUCUGGGUGUCAUGUGUAUGUGAACUUGUAUGUUUGUAAACGCACACACGACACAGGAGACAAUCCUAAUGUAAGCAACUUAAAAAAAAAGAUCUUGUUAAACCUAAAACCGUACUAAUACUAAGCCCUGGUGAUCUUAAACUACACUAGCGACAUCUAGUGAGUAAAAAAAGAAACGUAAGCCCCUAACUAAAUGACGAAUUAUGGCAUAAAAUAUACCGAUGUCCGUUUUUUUAUAAGUAUUUAUAUAUUUAGUUCUUUUUUGAGAUUUUUGGGGGAUCGGUGCUAAGUUAGGAGAUACCCUAGAUUAACUAGGUUACCUAGAUUAUAAUGCAUGGCGAUAAAUAUUGCACAUUGACUUUUCGAAAGAGAUAAUUGGCUAAAUUAGCUGCGUCAAAGUCGUCAUUGCUUAAAGUUAAAGUAAAUAAUUAUUUAUUUGAAUUAGACCAUGCUUCGGCACUGCUGGGCCUGCUAGAGUGAUACCACGGCCGAGCAGAAAACCGACGUGAAACAACUUGCGUUGUGUUUCGUUGUGUGAAUGAGAUUACCGGAGGCCCAAUCACACCCCUCCCCAAUCUUCUCAAUCCCCGAUUCCCCUACAAACCUUAAAUUCUUAACCCCAAAAGGCCGGUAACGCACUUGUAAUGCCUCUGGUGUUUCGAGUGUCCAUGGGCGGCGGCGAUUGCUUACCGGUGAUCCGUCUGCUCGUUUACUGGUUUCGGUUCCUUCCAAGUUAUACGUACUUUCUAAGAUUAUUUAGACACCACUGACAAAUGGUGAAGAAAAACAUCUUGAGGAAACCUGGGCUUAUAAUUUCUAAUUAUAAGUUUGAAAUCGCCAACCCGCAUUGAGCAAGCGUGGUGAUUAAUGCUCAAACCUUCUCCGUGUGAGAAAAGGCGUUUGGUCAGCAGUGGCCACUUAUAGGCUGCGAAAUGUCUUUUACCAAAAGUCGAUGUGUAAUAUUUAUCGCCAGGCAUUGUAUGUAGGUAUAAUUUUGACGUAUAAGUACCUCAGUAGAAUUUUAUAUUAUAAAAAUGAUAAAAAAUACCUUUUAUGAAAUAAAAAAUGUUAUAAAAAUC